AUGAAAAGACUAAUUUUAAGCUCUUCUGGGAAUUUAUCUGAAUCAAAAUUCGGGUUUACUUUGAAUCUUUCUAGCUAUGAGAUUAUCAGCAAUUUAUGAGGAGUUUAUUUAAUUCUUGAAUAUCCUGAAGCCCCUCCAACUUUGAUUUUGCCAGAAAAUCAAUUGAGUAAAUACGACUUUGAAUCAAUCAAAAAAUUAAUUGGGAUAUGAAAGCAAUGAUCAAUUGAUUAUAUAGUAAUCCCAGGGGGUGGAAUAUUUGAAGCUAUUGUAUCAUCAAACUUGCAUGAGUUUCCAUUAUUGCAAACAGUUUUCAGAAAUUAUUUAAGAGUUUUAUAUGAAAAUUGUGCCCCAGCAUUCCAAGAACCAGAAAAAAUGUGAAGAGAAUUUUUAGUUAAUUUACUUUUGGGGACUCCAAAAUCUAUCCAAGUUGACCUCGAAGACGGAUCUGCAACUCUUGAAUAUAAUCCAAAAACAGUAGAGUCUCUGAAUUUAAAGUAGUUUUUAUAUAGAAUUACAAAUUUCAGAUUACUAAUUGAAAUGUGGAUUCAGUUAGCUAGAAUUGACAUUAUCUUGGAGGACAAUAAUAAGAAAUAG